AAAGUCUCACUAGGUAACAGAAAGGUGAUCAUUCUCUCUUCAGGCUCUCAGGUCUGUUGCAGCCAUGCUGGUCUUUUCUUUUGUGGCUCUGCUGCUGGUCUCCUCUUCCUGGGCCGAGGAAGAGGUUUCUACCCUUGAGGAGCUCUCUGUCAGUCAGCUGUUGGAGAGAGCCAACAGAAACCGCAACCCUGGUCCUGAUGAGCCCACCCUGAUUGGAGGAGAUAUUGCCAUCAAGUCUGAAGCCGACAGAAACGCUGACCCCUGCACAGCAAGAGGCUGCCUGUGGCUGAAGUACACUGAUGGGAAGGUCUACAUCCCCUACUACAUCGCCAAUCACUACUCUUCCAGAGAGAGGUCCAUCAUCACUCGUGGACUCGAGUCCUUCUCUUCAGUUUCCUGCAUUCGCUUCAGACCCUACCAGAGCGGAGAUCACGAGUGGCUGAGCAUCGAGUCCAGGGAUGGCUGCUGGUCCUACGUGGGCCGUCAGGGAGGAGGUCAGACCGUGUCUCUGGCCCGUAGUGGAUGUCUUUACCAUGGCACCGUCCAGCAUGAGCUGCUGCACGCCCUCGGCUUCAACCACGAGCAGACCCGCUCUGACAGGGACAACCACAUCAUGGUGUACUGGGACAACAUCAUCGAUGGCAUGGAGUACAACUUCUACAAGAUCGACACUCUGAACCAGGGAACUGCUUAUGACUACAACUCUGUCAUGCAAUACGAGAAGUACGCUUUCUCCAAGAACAACCUCCCCACCAUGGUGCCCAUUCCUAACAACAACGUGGCAUUCGGCACCGCCACCCAGAUGAGCCAGAAUGACAUCGUCAGGCUGAACAGGCUGUACCAGUGCUAAACCACACAUGACCUUUGACCUGAUGGCAUCUGUGCGUGCUGAUGGUUGAAACAGGGUGGACAUCACUUUGUAUGGGCCUUUCAGAAUAAACCUGAAAACGUC